ACCCUCUCACUCUUCUCGCCAUCUCAAUAAACAUGGUUGCCCUCGUUCAGCGUCCCGCCCCGGCCUUCGAGGCCACCGCCGUCGUCGACGGCUUCUUCGAGACUGUCAAGAACGCCGACUUCCUCGGCAAGUGGCUCGUGCUCUUCUUCUACCCGAUGGACUUCACCUUCGUCUGCCCGACCGAGAUCCUCGCCUUCAACGAGCGCCUCGCCGACUUUGAGAAGCUCGGCGCCGAGGUCCUCGCCGUCUCGACCGACUCGGAGUACUCGCACCUCGCGUGGGCCAACACCAAGCGCGACGAGGGCGGCCUCGGCCCCAACCUCAAGCUCAAGCUCGUCGCCGACAAGAGCAUGAAGAUCUCGCGCGACUAUGGCGUCCUCCUCGAGGACGCCGGCGUCGCCCUGCGCGGCCUGUUCCUCAUCGACCCCAAGGGCACCCUCCGCCAGAUCACGAUCAACGACCUUCCCGUCGGCCGCUCGGUCGACGAGACGAUCCGCCUCAUCAAGGCGUUCCAGUUCGUCGAGGAGCACGGCGAGGUGUGCCCGGCCAACUGGGACGAGGACAAGAACAACGCGACCAUCAAGCCCGACCCGACCGCGUCCAAGGAGUACUUCUCGACCGCCAACAAGCGCGAGAAGACGGCGUCGCCUCAAGCAGCGAGCAAGAAGCUUCGGACCGCCUGAGCUCCCGGACCCUCUCUCCCACUCUCUCUCUCCCCCUCUCGCACGCCCCUGCAUCCCCUCGUUCUCUCCAUCAUGACUCGCACGAGCAGUAUAUUCCCCUCCUGGCACCCCGCAGCGUCGAGCUGCAGCCUGCAAAAGAGCGCGUUCGAGCCUCGA